AUAAAUAACUUAUAUAAAUAAAUUAAUGUAUUAACUAAUACUAAAGCCAGUGAAAGUGCUUCGAAAUUUCGUUUGGGUUCUAUUGAGAGAUCAUUAACGGGUAAAUUGUUUGAGUUUGCUUGCUGGAGACGGUGAUUGAGGAUUCGUCUUCAAAGAGGGAUGAGGUGAAAUUGACACACUAUUUGUAUAUCAUUUGUAUAUAAAAAAACCGCAGCACGAAAAAUGUUUAUAAAACUCGCGCUAAUAUUGACUGCGACGGUCGCAUCAGCGCACGCCAGUGUCCAGCUCCUAUUCCCGGAACCCAACAGGCAGUAUAUAUAUUUCAUUAAAGCGAAUGUCUCGAGCACCACCCUGGCACCGAAACGCAGCGGCUCCUACUGGACCUUAGAAGGAAAGCUUUACGUUAGGGCUUUCGAUAACUUCACCAGAUUAAGGCUUCAGCUGAGCGAUCUGAAGAAAUCAGUUUCCGGUUACAACAAUAUAAUUACAGAAGACAGCUACAUAAAAGAGCCAUGGGAUUUGGAUUAUAUGGAAGGAGGCUUGAUUAAGACAAUCUCUGUUGGACAAGAGCCUGUAUGGUGUACAAACUUGAAGAGAGCACUUUCCGUAAAUUUUCAAUUGAAAAAGGGCAAAGGAACGUAUUACAGGGAUGAGCCUUGCCUUGACAGCGUCUGCAUGAUGAUAUACACGCCAAAAGGAAACAAAAUCCAGAAGUUCACCAGCUAUCGGCUCCCAACGACCAAGAGCUCCAGGUCCUGGUCGUCCCUGUCUGGUGACUACUCGGGAAAACCCAGCGUGGACACAAUCAACACAGCGGAGAGGCUGUAUGUGGUCGAUGACCGUAAAGGACUACUCAGCUUGGACCUGCAAGGGUCAUAUGAAUUUAGGACGCACGACCACAUUCUGGCCGUAAACUCUGAGCUAUCGAUCAACUACGACAACGAUAUACCGGGGAAAUCAGUGGAGAAAUUGAACCUAACCGAAUAUACCGUCACUUAUGUGGCCACAGAUUUUUGCGAUCCGACCAACGGAAUCAGAAACGUCACGCAGAGUUUCCUGAAGAAUCACACUCAAGAGCUACUCCUGAAAAUAGCAAGAGGCAUUGACGCAGAUAAUAUAGUCAGGGACCCGUCAUUGAUACACAAUUUGGACUUUAUCGAGUUGUUGAACACUAUAGCCCAGCUGAACUACACGACCAUCAUUAAACUGUUCGAAGACCUGGUCCUAGGCACCAGUUACGACAUGGAGACAUCCAGGAAUAUCUUCCUGGAGGCGCUCCCUCAUGCCAGGAGCGAGGCCUGCGCUAGGUUCAUCAAGUACCUGGUGAUCGAAGAGAAGGAUAAGAUAGAAGAUGCAGCUUUGCUCUCCCUCAUCAGAAAGCUUCCAUUCAACGUAGCCACCUUCGACCAGAGUUUGCUCGAAGAGCUGGAGGCCUUUACCAAGCUAGGCCCGGAUUUUAGGGCGGAAAUACGCCACGCCGGGAUCUUGAGUUUCGCCAGCUUGCUGCAUAAGACAAUUGAAUUUUCACUUAUCAAACAGGACUACAUUGACAAUGUAGUCGUGAAAUAUUUCAGAAUGUACAGUGAUUGCCCUCAAUACCUGGACAGGAUGGUGUGGCUCCAGGGUCUGUGCAACAUAGGCUAUUCAGCCGAAGGCUACCUGCGGAUCAUUUAUGCUGAUAGUGGAAGGGACAGACACGAGAGGCUGUGGGCAGCCGUGGCAAUCGACCCUAAGCACGAGGAGGCAUUUAAGGUCCUGGAAUCGACUCUAUCGAUACUGACCAAUCAAUCGGAGCACAUUCAACUGAGGAUAGCGUCGCUGCACAUGUUCCUGACGUCACAGCAGAUCAGAGAGAACGACUUUAUAUUCGUUCACAACUACAUAAGCACGUGCAACAACAAUCAAUUGAAGAGGUUCUGGUAUACGACCGUUAAGAACCUGAUGACCAGCAAAUCGUUCACUGACUACAGGGUCGCUUCUUACUACGUGCCGUUCAUAGUCAAUCAAGUAUCCAACCCGGAUCCGUUGUAUCUCCUGACCAACAACUAUAUUAUCAGCGGCGAAGAGGAUGUCGGCUCUCCGUCGCUUCAGGUCAUCAGCGUUGGGGACACCUUAGGAGUGAUACCGCCAUUUAUUGCCGCGAAACUCAAUACUGGAGGCAGGAGACCGUAUAAAGUAGCCGUAUAUCUCAUCAUCGAAGGUGUAACAACAACCUUCUACAAAAAGGUCCUCAAGUCUCUAUCGAGCACUCAAGUUCUCAAUGUGGAGAAGCUGCUUCUAGUGCUAAAAAACAUGAAAGCCUGGACGCUAAAGACUCCAGAGAAGGUUCACAUUGACAUUGUCAUUAAAACCCACGAUAAGACGAUUUUCGCUACGCAUUUAAAUCAAUCCAGGAUUGACAGUGUCAACAUACAGGAUUUGGCGUACAUUGAAGAUUUCUUGCGGUUCGGCAGUCAUAUAAACCAGCAAAUGGUAUACUACCCUUUUCAAUCAGACAUUCAUGUCCCGAGCGAAUUAGGUACCCCAAUAAGACUCCAAUCGCUGAUCGUGUCAUUCACUUCAAUCAGAGGUAAUUUGACAGCUCCUUCCAGCAACGACAUGACUUGGAGAAAUGAUUUGCACAUCAGGUACCAAGGAACAUCGGUGACUUCACUAUCUACGGAUGGUCCACUCAUCCAAACAGCGCACAGGGCUAGAAUCCAACAAUCAAUGGUCGCACAUCUUCCUAUGAAGUUCAAUGUAUCAUUCUCAGGCUCUGAUGGAUCUCUGCAGUUGACCUGGCCGAACCCUAUGUCCCAACAAGGUGGAGUGGCAAUGCAUUCAAGGGUACAGGUGGCUAUGGAAAGUGUCUCAAAGAAGUAUAAUUAUACAGUGACCGUUGGAGACAGCAGUAGCGGGGCUGUCAAUCAAACCCGUGGAAUAUUCUUCGACUGCGAUAGACCUGUGACUGAUGCUGAGUUACUUAAUCGCCUGUUAACAUACAAGGAUAACAAUUACGACUUCCUAACCUCAGUCCAGCCUUCGCAUUUGAUCCUGAACACGAUCCUUCUCUUCACCUUCCCGCCUUCAGGGUCAUGUGGUCUCAUCUUAUCACCCCAGAAAGUGACGUCCUCCACGAACGAUGUCCUCCAAGCCAAAAUCCAAGCCCGCUACAGAACCGAAGACGAUGGGGUAGUCAGAGGCGACUGCAAGUUCCAGUUGACUUAUUUUAGCUUGGAGAAUCCGAAGGACGUGUUUUUAAAUAUGGAAGCUAUCACUAAUAUGGAGCAAAAUUCGGUUGGUAAUACCGACGUUCUGGUCUCCGUACGGGGGCACCAACCUAACGCGAAGAACGACAGCACCAAAGACUGGACUCUGUGCCUACGCAAGAAAGACGUUGACCACACUUCAAGCCAGGAUAUCUCCGCAUUUCCGGCGUCUUAUGAAGGCCACGUGACUUUAACGUAUGGCUUAAACCACACGAAAUGCUUCGAGAAAAGCUCGACUAGUGAGCUCAUGCUGAAAUACAAGGGAGUACCACAACAUCAUCAAGGCAAACUCGAACGCUAUUUCGAGAUUAAUGUUUACGGGAAAAAUAUAUCAGAAAUUGGGCUACUGAAUUCCGAUGUCAUUAAACAGACCGCCCUUGGGCAGCUUCUAAGGAGUUACAGUAAAGAAGUUUUCAAUAUUACAAUUAUUAUAAAGGAAAGAGACGGCCUGGCGUCUCUGAGUGUGAACAGAGGAGCCGAAAUCCAGUUCAAAUCCGACAAUUUCGCUUGGCUUCUGGACGGUUGGACCGGUAUGCAGGUGGUUCGAACCAUAGGACUUUAUCGUGAAUGCCGCAUUAAGGAGAAUGAAAUCAAAACUCUUUCUGGUACAACGGAAGAUCUCCCGUCCAUUGACUGUCAGGAGACACUCGCUCUUGCCGACUGCAGCGAUAACUCGCCAAGGUUCGCAGUGAUAAGGUACAUAGAUGGCAUCAAAGUGUUCUCCGGUGGCUAUUCUGUGUCCGUCAAGAAGAACCAGAGCGAAAUAUACGUGGAUGACACUUACGCUGGUAACGAUUUCUGGAUUUCAGCGAAGAGUAAAACGAAGAUUACCUCCAAAAUGACAGCCCUUAAAGUGUAUUACGAUUUGAACGAGACCGUCAUAUUAGUGCCGCUUAUGUAUUUGAACAAUGUCUGCGGCUUGUGUACAGAGCCCCUAGAGUAUAAUGUAUGUUAAGUGUAUGAUAAAAAUAUGAUAGUAAACUUUAAAAUCCAAUAACAAAA